UCUGGGUGGCUCGGCCUGUGCAAGAUGCAACGAGGGAGGCCGCUAGAGGGCUCUGGCUAUUGUCAAAAAAAAAAACCCCAAACAGGGAGCCAGGGAAAGGAGGCCGAGUCGGUUCUCGCGCGUAAAUUUUCCUCCCUUCUUCUUUCCCCUUCGCUGCUGACGAUUCUGGGGGCUGAACUUCCCAGGUCAGCCUCCCAGAGCCUUGUUGUCGGGGUUGCCGCCCGGGCUUCGUCUGCUUGCGCGGCGGCGGCAGCAGCGACAAGCAGCCCAGCCCUGGCUCGGGAUCGCACCGGCCGCGCAGCCCCAGCCCCGGGUUUUGCAACGACGAGGGGGGCGCAAAGUGCGCGCGCGGCUCCCCGGGGAGCCGAUCCUGAAGCCAGAGACGGCAGGGACUUUCUGCAGAAGUGGCUGAUGUAUUUGGCUGAGAUACAGUGGGCCCUUCUUGACCCAUGCCAGAGACCCACCUACAGGGACAUUGUGCAGGACAAUUAUGGGACCCUGCUCUCAUUAGACAGUGGAAACAUGAACUCAAAUCCUCAGCCAGGAGGGAAUGAAGCCACGCAGGCACCAAAGCCGUUACCAGAGCGAUCCGAAAGCUCCCUUUACUUCGGUCCAGGUGGGCAUCAAGGUGAGGAUGCAGGGAAAGGAUGGACCAAGCUGCCUCUCCCUCCCCCCAUGCCUAAAGACAACCUCAGCAUCCCUCCCAGGGUGUACAUGGGGCCUAGCCAGAAUGUGUGCCUCCAUUGUGGGGACAACCUCAGCCAAGCUCAGCACAGCCUCAACCAAGCUCAGGAGAGCCUCAACCGGGCUCAGCAAAGUCUCAACCAAGCCCAGCAGAUCAUCAGCAACCCACAAAGACCACACGGUUCCAGCAAUAAGCUCUACCCAUGCUUGGACUGCGGGAAAAGUUUCGGAGUGAGCUCCCACCUCACCAUUCACAAAAGAACCCACACAGGCGAGAAACCAUACAUGUGCAAUGAUUGCGGGAAGAGGUUCAGCCAGAGCUCGACCCUCAUCCUCCACCGCCGCAUCCACACGGGGGAGAAACCCUACAAGUGCACCGACUGCGGGAAGAGCUUCUCGGUGAGUUCUCAUUUAACCAAGCACCAGAGAAUCCACACCGGAGAGAAGCCUUACGAAUGCCAGAUUUGCGGGAAACGGUUCAGCCAGAGUUCAACGCUCAUUUUGCACCAGAGAAUCCACACAGGGGAGAGGCCUUACAGAUGCGACGAGUGCGGGAAGACCUUCAGCGUCAGCUCCCACCUCACUAUCCACCAGAGGAUCCACUCUGGGGAGAAGCCGUAUCGCUGCAUGGAGUGCGGGAAAAGCUUUCGCCAGAAGUCGGGCCUCAGCACGCAUCAGAAAGUCCACAUGGUGGCCCUUGAAAGAUCUUACAAGUGCCCACCCUGAAAACACGGGACUGCCAAAUCCACCCACUGAUCCCCAUCACAAGUUUCUAUUUCAGCAUUAAAAGCAAGCCAACAUGAAGGGGGGAACUGACUACGUUUGAAGCAAAAUCCAGAAUUCAGCAAUUGGAUUUUGUAAUAACACAUUUAAAAAACAAAACAAAAACAAGACUUAUGCAAAUGUGCAUACUUUGCCUUAAUCUGCAUGCUUUGUUGUAGGUCAACUGUGAGAAAGGUGAAAUUAAACAAACAAAUGUGGAA